AUGAUACAAAUACAUCUAUUAUUGCUGUGGAUGAGCAGAAUAUCAGUGUAUGCUCAGUCAAGUAAUUAUCCUGAUUGCCAAUCUGGCCCAUUGGCACAAUUGCCAAUCUGUGACCAAUCACUUCCAUCUCGCCAACGAGCAGCUGAUAUCAUCAGCCGGAUGACAACAGCCGAAAAAAUCACACAAAUGGCAACAACAGCUGCUGCCAUUCCAAGAUUAGGUAUACCGAAGUAUCAGUGGUGGUCAGAAGCACUACACGGCGUUGCUUAUGCGCCUGGAGUUACAUUUGAUGGUGAUUUACCUGCGGCCACUUCAUUUGCUGCCCCAAUCAACCUCGGUGCUUCAUUCAAUGUGCGCUUGAUCUAUCGGGUGGCUAAUGCGAUCUCUACUGAGGCACGAGCAUUCAAUAACGAAGGUCAAGCUGGUUUAACGUUUUUCACACCGAAUAUCAAUAUUUUCCGUGAUCCACGAUGGGGCCGUGGUCAAGAAACACCUGGCGAGGAUCCAUUUCUUACUUCACAAUAUGUCUACGCAUUGAUCAAUGGUUUACAACGUGGCGAAGAUGAUCGCUAUAUAAAGAUAGGUGCCAAUUGUAAGCAUUUCGAUGCCUACGAUCUCGAUCAAUGGAAUGGCACUGAUCGAUUUCAUUUCAAUGCUCUUGUCAGAGAUCAAGAUCUUGUCGAGACAUAUUUACCUCCAUUCGAAACAUGUAUACGUGAUGUUCAUGUGGCUAGUAUUAUGUGUAGUUUCAAUGCUAUCAAUGGCGUUCCAGCUUGUGCUAAUAAAUUUCUUAUGGAUACUAUAGCUCGAAAAUCUUUCCAUUUCGAUGGAUUUGUCAUUAGUGAUUGUGGAGGUAUUGAUACCAUCAUGUAUGAUCAUCAUUUUACGUCGACUGUCGAAGAUACAGUGGCUGCUGCGUUGCUUGCCGGUACAGAUCUUGAUUGUGGUACUUUCUAUCAACGCUAUGCUCAACAAGCAUUGGAUAAUAAGACUAUUGCCGAAAGUGAUAUUGAUCGAGCACUUGAACGAACAUAUAAUGCUCUUAUUCGUCUUGGUUGGUUCGAUCCACCUGAACAACAGUUUUAUCGCCAUUUGAAUAAAAAUGAUGUUAAUACAGUCAAGACUCAACAACUUGCCUUGGAUAGUGCUCAAGAAAGUAUUGUUCUACUGAAAAAUCUCAACAAUGCCUUACCGUUAAAUAUCAAUGAAUUAAAAAAUAAAAAGAUUGCUUUGAUCGGUCCAACUGUCAAUGCGACUAUUUUGAUGCAAAGCAAUUACUAUGGUCGAGCACCAUAUCUGAUAGAUCCAGUCUUAGGAUUUAAGUCAAUCACAGCAGGUACAUCAAUAGAUAUAGAAUUUGCCUAUGGCUGUGCAAUAUCUGGUACGGAUGAAAGUGGCUUUACAACAGCGAUUGAACUAGCCAGUGUAGCCGAUGUAGUCAUUUUCUUUGGUGGACUUGAUCAAUCGAUCGAAGCAGAAGGUUGUGAUCGUAGCUCGAUUACUUUGCCUCGAAUUCAAUACGAUCUUUUGAAACGAAUUGAAGAAGUUGCUCAAUCGCCAAUCCAUGUUGUUAUCAUGUCUGGUAGUGGUAUCGAUUUAACUUUCGUUCGAGAUUCAUCUCUAUAUGGUAGCCUUAUUUGGAUGGGAUACCCGGGACAAGCUGGCGGCUUGGCAAUAGCUAAUGUGAUCUUUGGUCAAUACAAUCCUGCUGGACGAUUACCGAUAACUUUCUACCCUGCUUCAUAUGUUGAUGAAGUAAGUAUGACUGACAUGCAGAUGCGACCUUCUGCUACAAAUCCGGGUCGAACCUACAAGUUCUAUACCGGUCAAGCAGUAUAUGAUUUUGGUGCUGGACUUUCAUACACAACGUUUGUCUAUUCGUGGAACAACCAACUAACGUCAUUUUCCUACUCGAUUGACUUGUUGAUGAAAGAUAAUUACGAUGAAAAGCAUGUUCUCACAGUUCUACUGCAAGUCAAUGUGACUAAUACAGGAGCUGUGGCUGGUGAUGAUGUCGUUCUUGCCUAUAUUUUGCCUCCUCAAUUAAAACGAAAUGGUCAAACACCACCAAUCAAACAACUAUUCGGUUUCAAACGUAUCCAUUUGAAUGUUAACGAAACUGGUCAAGUCUUUUUUCCAUUAGAAAUAAGUGCUAUUCUCACCGUUGCUCAUGAUGGUUCGAAAUGGUUGCAUCCAGGAAUCUAUCAUAUUCUGAUUGGUCAAACAUUGAUGCGUUCUAUUGAAUUACAAGGUAAAUCUGCACGUUGGUCUUGA